AUGGAUCCGAAAAAUAGGAAUUUCUUAACCAUCUUUUGUCUGUUGACAAGCGCUUUUGCGCUCUCUUGGGACCAUUCUCAGUUUCUAUCAAGCCCAUCAUCGGGCGAGAUUCCUAAUCCCAAUUCAAACGGCCUAGGUUGGGAUCGUGCUUUCAAAAGGGCUGAUGAGUUUGUCGCCCAGCUCACUCUUGAAGAGAAAGUCAGCCUUGUCUCAGGGACUGAGGGUCCCUGCGUCGGAAAUAUCGCCCCCAUUUAUCGUCUCAACUUUACAGGCCUUUGCAUACAGAAUGGACCUUUAGCAUUGGAGCAGGGUACAUACUCUUCGGUAUUUCCUGCCGGUGUUACUAUAGCUGCAACAUGGGACAAAGAUCUUGCUUUCAAACGAGGCUUUUAUCUCGCGGACGAGUUCCGUGAAAAGGGUUCACAGGUCGUGCUUGGCCCAGUUGCUGGACCACUUGGUCGAUCAGCCUUUGGUGGACGAAACUGGGAGGGAUUUUCCCCCGACCCUUAUCUUACUGGUGAUUUGUUUACAUCCUCAAUCAAAGGAAUUCAGCAUGCUGGGGUUCAAGCCUGCGCAAAACAUUUCAUUGGUAACGAGCAGGAAACCCAGCGACAACCUACUGAGAACAAGAAGGGUAACACUAUCGAGAGUGUCUCUUCCAACAUCGAUGACCGCACCCUACAUGAACUCUAUCUUUGGCCAUUCCAACAGGCUGUGCGAGCUGGCGUUGCCUCGGUGAUGUGCAGUUACAACAGGCUCAAUCAGACAUAUGGCUGUCAAAACAGCAAAACUUUGAAUGGAAUCCUGAAGACUGAACUCGGUUUCCAAGGAUACGUCAUGUCUGACUGGGCUGCGACCCACAGUGGCUCUAAAGCAAUAAACGCGGGAGAGGACAUGGACAUGCCUGGCACUGACCAAUUGUCUCCUGUUUACUGGCACGACUCACUUGUGGACGCGGUCAAGAAUGGGAGUGUACCUCGUUCAAGGCUCGAUGAUAUGUGCCGACGCGUCUUGACUCCAUAUUUCCAUCUGAAACAAGACAAAAACUUUCCAGCAAUUGAUCCAAGCGAGAAAGAUUUGAACGCACUUCUCUUCUCAAGUCCGGACGACUACAAGUACAAUUACACUUUCGGUCCCCAAGCCAACGUCGACGUUCGGAAGAAUCAUGGCGCAGCGAUCAGAGAGGCGGGCGCGGCAGGUAUUGUUCUUCUCAAGAAUGUCAACAGCACCUUGCCUCUGCGAAAUCCUCGACGCAUUGGUGUCUUCGGUAACGACGCAGGAGACUUUACAAACGGCAUGUCCUAUUUCACCUUCAAUGGUAUUCAGAACUAUGAAUACGGGGUUCUUGCAACAGGAGGCGGCUCUGGGUCUGGACUUUUUACUUACGUUGUCAGCCCUCUGGAAGCAAUCAAGCGAAAGGCAGACUUCAAGAAGAAUUUGGUUCAAUAUGUUCUGAACAACAUGAGUCUUUCGUUGACCCUUGACAUCCCAAUCGCCACCAUCACUGACAAAAACAGUCUGGCUGCACUUCAGCCGUCACCGCCGGAUGUCUGCCUUGUCUUCCUUAAGAGCUGGGCCACCGAGAGUAUGGAUCGCGAAACAUUGCAUGUUGACUGGAACGGAGACGAUGUCGUCAAAAGUAUUGCCGCGAUGUGCCCCAACACUGUGGUUAUCACCCAUUCAAAUGGGGCGAACGUGAUGCCCUGGGCAGACCAUCCAAACGUGACCGCAAUUCUUGCGGCUCAUCUGCCGGGCCAAGAGGUUGGGAAUAGUAUAGUGGAUGUGCUGUGGGGCGAUGUGAAUCCUUCUGGGCACUUGCCAUACACAAUCGCAAACUCUGAAAAGAGCUACGAGUUUGCCCCUAUAGCAAAUUCGACAGUCCUGCAGAACACAGAUGACCCUAAGGCUUGGCAGUCUGAUUUUAAAGAAGGGGUUUUGAUCGACUAUCGGCAUUUUGACUAUUACAAUAAGAGUGUUGUUUAUGAAUUCGGAUUUGGGCUUUCAUAUACAACAUUUUCUAUCGACAAAGAAAUCUCCGUGCAGCAAAAAUUCAGUGGUGAUCUUCCGCACAGUCCACCAAGAGCAAAAAUUGUCCCUGGAGGUAACCCUCAUCUUUGGGAUGUCGUGUAUGAGAUAUCAGCAACUGUGGAAAAUACGGGCCCGGUCGCCGGAUUCACUGUGCCCCAACUUUAUCUUGAGCUCCAACGUGGAACAGUGCAAGGUUCCAUUGCCAAAACAGUUCUACGUGGUUUUGAAAAAGUCCAUCUCGACGCCGGAAAAUCAAAGAAAGUUAUUUUCAAAUUGACCCGGCGCGACAUUAGCAAUUGGGAUACUAUUAAACAGCAGUGGGUUGUUCCCAGUGGUGGGAUACAAGCUUUUGUCGGACUUUCAAGCAGAGACUUCCAUGGAUCAGCCACCUUCACCCCAAUUCCCUGA